AUGCGCGACAAGCUCCUCACGACCCAGAGCGAAGAGGAACGUGCCGGCACCAGCCCUGUCGUCACCAAGCGGCGCGCCAAGCCCCGCCGUCUAGGCACCCGCGCAGGCAGCCAGGCUCCAGCCCUGUCCGGCAAUAAGCUGCGCGCCCGGUCUUUGGUCCGUGUUUCCGACUGCGCAGAGCUCACCGCCUCUGUAGCCACCGGAGCGGAGUGUGGCAGGGUGGAAAAGUCAAAUGGUGGAACAUUGACAUUGGGGAGGAGGAACGGAGCGAGAGGCACUGGGUACCUGCACCCGACAUCUCUCGUCAGCAGCCUGCCCGCAUAUGCCUAG